UUUCUCUACGAUCGCCGCAUUAUUUCCUCAUUGCAAUUCAAAUCAUUUUCUAAUUUAAUUUUCCGAUUGGUUUGGUUCUGGAGUUUCUGCUAAUGACUCUAGCCUUUUAUCAUAGCUAGUGUUUUUUUUUUUUGAAAAAGUAGAAAGCUUUGAUGACGAUGAUUCCAUGGGGUGGAAUAAGUUGCUGUUUGAGUGCAGCUGCUCUAUACCUCCUUGGCAGAAGCAGUGGCAGGGAUGCUGAGCUUUUUAAAUCUGUAACAAGGGUCAAUCAAUUGAAGGAGCUGGCACAACUGUUAGAUGCAGAAAUCUUACCCUUGGUUGUUAGCAUUUCUGGGAGAGUUAGCUCUGAAACCCUAAUUCACUGUGAGUUCAGUGGUUUAAGAGGAGUAAUAGUUGAAGAAACGGCAGAGCAACAUUUUCUUAAACACAAUGAUGCUCGUUCAUGGAUACAAGAUUCUGCUUUAAUGUUAUCCAUGAGUAAAGAAGUUCAUUGGUAUCUGGAUCUCCUCAAUGUUCACUCUUAUCUUGAUUGGGACGUGCUUACCAAAAGUGAUGCUAGAUUUCUCUACAUUUUUUCUGAGACAGUCGUAUUCUCAGCUGAAUCAGGGCAAAGUGGAUUAUGA